AUGGCCACCGAGGUCCCUACCUCACUCGCCCCCACCGAAAUCAACGCCGCCCUCCAGCGUUCCACCGCUCUUUUCAAAACAUAUAAACCCGUCACCCCAGGCAUUCGCCAUCUUCGUCGUCCUCUAAACCCACAUCUUUGGCCAGGACGUCCAGUCCGUCUCCUCACCGUCCCACUACGAAAAAAAGGUGGCCGUAACGCGCACGGCAGAGUGACCAUUCGUGGACGUGGCGGUGGUCAUAAACGUCGAAUCCGUAUCGUCGACUUCGUCCGCGACGAACCCGGCAUCCACGAUGUCGUGCGCGUCGAAUAUGACCCCAACCGUUCCGCACAUAUCGCACUCGUUCGAAACCGGAAUCCGGACGCGACGGGCAGGAAGAAGUGGAGUUAUAUUCUCGCUCCGGAGGGUAUCAGGGCGGGAGCGCAGGUGGAGAGUUUCAGGCGUGGGUUUCCGGAUGGGUUGGUGCCAGGUUUCGUGAACGACACGAGCAAGAAGGGCGUGGUUGCAUCUACGAACGAUACAUCCGCAUCAUCGUCUUCGCUCACCAUGGGUCUUCUCCGCGCACGCACUAUCCGACCAGGCAAUGUCCUUCCCCUCCGACUCAUCCCCAACGGAACUAUCAUCCACGGUAUUGCACUCCAUCCAGACGGCCGUGGCAUCCUCGUUCGCUCAGCCGGUACUUGGGGUCAGGUCAUGGAGCCGGACGUGAACGGGAAGCACAUGCGGGUGAGGUUGCAGAGUGGCGAAGUGCGCAGGAUUCUGUUGGAUUGUGUGGCGACCGUCGGGAAGGUCAGCAAUCCUCUGUGGAAGGGUCGGAUAUUGGGUAAGGCUGGAAGGAACAGGUGGCUGGGAAACAGGCCGAAAGUCCGUGGUGUGGCUAUGAACGCCAAUGAACAUCCUCACGGAGGUGGUCGUGGAAAGUCAAAAUCGAACAAGCACCCGCGUUCACCCUGGGGUUGGAACACCAAGGGUAAACGUACGCGCAAACCUGGUCCUGACGGUCCCAAGAACAGCAACAAGAUGGUCAUUUCUGAGAGGCCAAGAGGAAGAGAGCGCAGAGGACAAGUUCUCAUCACCUAGACACCCUCUACAUAUGCAUCUGUCUUUGUUUUUUCCGUGGGCCACAUUGCUCACAUCCAGUUGUGAUGUGAAAUCAUGACACCUUUUCCCUCAACUCACAACUCG